AUGUGAUUGGUUACGCGCUGUCCCCUCCCACUUUCUCGCAGAGCCCUUCAGCGAAGGGACCCAAAGCGAUUGAGCCCGCGUGGCUACCUGGAUCACGCCUUUCCCACAAUGGCGCCUAACGGCGAUUUAAUGGGGGCUGCCGAAGAUGUUGCUGAUCAGUUUUUGCGCAUGACAAAGCAUGUACUACCUCAUCUGGCCCACCUCUGCCUAAUCAGCACAUUUUUGGAAGAUGGCAUCAGGAUGUGGUUCCAAUGGAAUGAGCAGCGGGACUACAUCAACUUAUCUUGGGGAAGCGGUGUAUUUUUAGCCACACUUUUUGUGUUAAUCAAUAUGUGUGGACAGUUGGCUGGAUGUGUGUUUGUCCUAACAAGAAAGUUUGUUCCUUAUGCAUGCUUUGGCCUGUUUGGAAUUAUUUUUAUGCAGACAAUUGCUUACAGUAUUUUAUGGGACCUCAAGUUCUUAAUGAGGAAUUUGGCUCUUGGGGGUGGAUUGCUUUUGUUACUUGCAGAAUCUCGCUCUGAGGGGAAAUCUAUGUUUGCUGGAGUUCCUACUGUGGACGAUAUCUCACCACGGCAGUACAUGCAACUUGGCGGCCGGUUACUCCUUGUUCUCAUGUUCAUGACACUCCUGCAUUUUGAACUCAGUCCUUUCACUAUUUUCCAAGAUAUUUUUGGCAUGGCUCUUAUCAUUUUGGUAGCCAUUGGCUUCAAGACCAAGCUUGCUGCUCUUACUCUGGUCAUCUGGCUUUUCAUCAUCAACCUGAUCCAGAAUGCCUUCUGGCACGUCCCCAACUUCAGUCCCCUUCAUGAUUUCCUCAAGUAUGACUUUUUCCAGACCAUGUCUGUCAUUGGUGGCCUGCUGCUUGUUGUGGCAUUAGGACCUGGGGGAGUUUCCAUGGAUGAGCACAAGAAGAAAUGGUGAAGAUGGACCCUAUAGGUAUAGGCUUUAGUGGUGGGGAGGGGGAGGGUUGGAUGGAAAAAGGGAGAGGAGAUAAACUACUGCUUUUACAACCUGUGUAAUCUUUGACUCUUGAGAUUUAUCAUAGUUCACAGUUGCCUUAUCAGGGUAGGAAAGCUUUUGUUUUCCACCCUGUUUGAGACAUGUAAAUUAAAAUCAAAUUAUAUAUGCA